GGGGAGACUAGGUAUCUAUUAGUUACCUACGUAUCGAUACGAAAUAGAGCUUCUCUUGCUUACUUCCGCCAUAACGUAAUUACCCCAGCUUACCCCAGUCAGCUUGCUUAGCACGGUCUAUCCGGCAUUCGGGGUUUCGGCUUGCAGCGGCAACUCUUCCCACCUUCCCACGGUUGGUAUGUACAAGUGCACGGUGAAGCAGCUACCCCUCCUAUCAGAUCCGAUUCCUUUGUUAAAUAAUUGGUCUCAGCGAUGGCCACCCCGAUAACGCUAUCCUUCCCUUCUGGGACAUACAAUACUCUUCGGUGGCUGUUUCUUCGUCCAGCACCUAGGUAGCAUUCAUAAUAAGACAAAGGGGUUUCGUUUCUAUCGAAUUGAGUCGAAUUGUUACAGUUGUAUUCUUUCGGCAAUUCAUCAUGCACCGUCUCGCCCGCACGCGAAGCAUCACUGCCAACGCAGGCCGUACCGCCACCCGUCUCUCGUACUCUACCUCGGCUUCAACCACUUCACCUCACACAUUGACAUCCAAAAUGGCGUCUAGAGCAACGGCAGCCAGGCGUAUAGCAGCGACGGCCCAGCAUCUGCGGCCGUACAGCGCACUAGCGUCGACGGCGACCAGCUUCCCGACGACCCACGAGCGCAUCCCACAGCCGGAGGAUACGCCGUAUUUCAUCGACAAUGCGUUCGUGGCUAGUAAGGCGGAUAAGUUCAUCGAGCUCCGCGACCCGGCUACAAAUCACCUAGUCACCCGCGUCCCGCAGAAUACGGAUGAGGAGCUGAGGGCGGCGGUUGAGAGCGCGCAGAAGGCGUUCCCGGCGUGGAGGGACACUAGCGUUCUCGCGAGACAGCAGAUCAUGUUCAAGUUCGUGGCACUUAUUAGAGAGAAUUGGGACAGGCUGGCCGCGAGCAUCACGUUGGAGCAGGGGAAGACAUUCGCGGAUGCUAAGGGCGAUGUGCUGAGGGGUCUACAGGUCGCGGAGGCGGCGUGCGGGGCGCCGGAGCUGUUGAAGGGGGAAGUGCUUGAGGUGGCGAAGGAUAUGGAGACGAGGAGCUAUAAGGAGCCGCUGGGUGUCGUGGCCGCGAUUUGCCCGUUCAAUUUCCCGGCUAUGAUUCCGCUUUGGUGUAUCCCUAUCGCUACGGUGACCGGCAACACGAUGAUCUUGAAGCCGUCUGAGAGAGAUCCCGGCGCGGCGAUGAUCUUGGUCGAGUUGGCGAAGAAAGCUGGAUUCCCGGAUGGCGUGAUCAAUGUGGUACACGGUGCACACCGGACGGUUGAUUUCAUCCUGGACGCCCCGGAGAUCAAGGCGAUUAGCUUCGUGGGAGGUAAUAAGGCGGGCGAGUACAUAUUCACUCGAGGGUCCGCGAACGGCAAGAGGGUGCAAGCCAACCUCGGCGCUAAGAACCAUGGUGUUGUCAUGCAGGACGCCAACAAGAACCACUUUAUCAACGCCGUUGCAGGUGCCGCUUUCGGCGCCGCUGGUCAAAGGUGUAUGGCUCUCAGUACGCUAGUCAUGGUUGGCGAGACCAAGGAAUGGCUGUCGGAGCUGGCUGAGAGCGCGAAGAAGCUUCAGGUUAACGGUGGCUUUGAGAAGGGUGCGGACCUGGGCCCUAUCAUAUCGCCGCAGAGUAAAGAGCGGAUCGAGAGUUUGAUCGCUAGUGCUGAGAAAGAGGGCGCAACGAUUCUAUUAGAUGGGCGUGGAUACAAGCCGGCUAAGUACCCCGACGGCAAUUGGGUGGGCCCGACUAUCAUCAGCAACGUGACGCCGGACAUGAAGUGCUACAAGGAGGAGAUCUUUGGACCGGUACUCGUGACCCUUAACGUCGACACACUGGAUGAGGCUAUAGAGCUUAUCAACAGCAAUGAGUACGGCAACGGCACAGCUAUCUUCACGCGAUCGGGGGCCACGGCAGAGGCGUUCAGGAAGAACAUUGAGGCAGGACAAGUGGGUAUCAAUGUGCCUAUCCCGGUACCAUUACCCAUGUUCUCGUUCACAGGCAACAAGAAGAGUGUCGCGGGAGGCGGCGCCAACACAUUCUACGGCAGACCCGGGGUCAACUUCUAUACCCAGCAGAAGACGGUGACGGCGUUGUGGUCGAGCGCGGAUGCUAUUUCAAGGAAGGCGGAUGUGGCUAUGCCUACGCAUAGUUAGGGGUAAUGCAUAUGAACUGGUGGAUUGGACUCGAUUAAACGGGAUGUGAUGUUACUGUAUGUAUAUACGUUAGUACCUAGGUAUGUAAGGCAAUGGUUUUUGGCGUGCUAUUCUAGGUACAUUGAUGCGAAAAGGUAGAAUGAGACGAAUGAUAAAAUAUGCACUGAGACUAGGUAUUUGUUAACCACAAGUCAGGGGGGAUAUUCCACCUAUAAAAACCUCUAUAUAACUGAUCCAUCAGAAACUAGGUAAUGUAAGUUACGGUCAAUUGCAAUUGGCCACUCUACUCGGCGUGUAUAAAGUUCCAAGUUGUAAUCUU